CGUGGGGCUGCGCGGCCCCGCCCCUGCCCGGCGGCCGGGAGCGCGCCCUCUCCCCUCGGCGGCGGCGCCGCCCGCGCGUUUCCUUCCCUCCCUGCCUGGCCCGGCGGGGCUAUGGCCGCUCCCCGCGCCGGUCGGCAGCCGCAAAAUGAUGGCUAUCGAACUUUAUCCUUGUCUGGGCAUGUUGGUUUUGGUAGUUUACCUGAUCAACUGGUUAAAAAAUCCAUCAACCAGGGCUUCUGCUUCAACAUUCUUUGCAUUGGGGAAACUGGAAGUGGGAAAACAACCUUGAUAAACAGUUUGUUUAACAGCAAUUUUGAUGAUCCUGUGUCAACGCAUUUUCUGCCAAGUGUACGACUUAAAGCCCAGACUUAUAAACUCCAGGAAAGUAAUGUUCUUUUGAAUCUGACCAUUGUAAACACAGUGGGGUUUGGUGACCAGAUAAACAAAGGAGAUAGCUAUCAGCCAAUAGUGGAUUAUAUAGAUGCACAAUUUGAAGCCUAUCUCCAGGAAGAACUGAAAAUUAAACGUUCUUUAUUUAGCUACCAUGACACGCGCAUCCAUGUCUGCCUGUAUUUCAUUUCACCUACAGGCCAUUCCCUAAAAACCCUAGAUCUGUUAACCAUGAAAAGCCUAGACAGCAAGGUGAACAUUAUACCAAUUAUAGGCAAAGCAGACAGCAUUUCUAAAACCGAACUACAGAAGUUCAAGAACAAAAUCAUGAGUGAAUUAAUUAGUAAUGGCGUCCAGAUAUACCAGUUUCCAACUGAUGAUGAAACUGUUUCUAAAAUUAAUACCAUCAUGAAUGGGCAUUUGCCAUUUGCUGUAGUGGGAAGUACGGAAGAGGUGAAAAUUGGAAACAAAAUGGUGAGAGCUCGUCAGUACCCGUGGGGUAUUGUACAAGUGGAAAAUGAGAACCAUUGUGACUUUGUAAAGCUUCGUGAGAUGCUUAUUUGCACAAAUAUGGAAGACUUAAGGGAGCAGACUCAUGCACGCCAUUAUGAGUUGUACAGACGCUGCAGACUGGAAGAGAUGGGCUUCAGAGACGUUGGCCCUGAGAACAAACCAGUCAGUCUACAGGAAACCUAUGAGGCAAAGAGGCAUGAGUUCUACCUUGAACUGCAAAGAAAAGAGGAGGAGAUGAGACAUCAGUUUGUGCAGAGAGUGAAGGAGAAAGAAGCAAUGUUGAAAGAAGCAGAGCAACAGAUACAGACUAAAUUUGAACAUCAUAUGCUAAUGCAUCAAGAAGCAAAACUGAAUUUAGAGAAAAAGAAAAAAGUUCUAGAAGAUGAAAUAGCUGUGUUUAUUGAGAAGAAAGCUAAUGCUAAGUUACUCCAAUCACAAGCAUCUGUCUCUACCCCUGUUAGUUCGAAGAGAGACAAGGACCGCAAAAAGAACCAAAGUUUUCGACUUGAACUCCUGUGCUUUGAUGUCAGAGAUGAAGAAAUUGUGAAUGUUCACAAGCAGAGCGAGAGAGAGAGGGAGAAGUUAGAGAGGGAGAGAAAUUCACCCAGGGAAUUCCAGAAGUAGUAUUUGAUUGCAGCACUCAGGUUUUGAAUGUACGAUAUGUUAGUUUUGUGAAGAAGUCUGACUGCUGCUGUCCCAUAAUACUUCUUCCUAAUACAGAUUUUUGAGAGGAGAGAUUGAUAAAAUUGGCUGUAAAAUUAUGAUGAGUGCAGAAUAUGACCAAUAAACAUUUCACUUCCUUCCCUCCCACCCACUUCUUUCUUUCUCUACUCCCAAAAGAAAAGCUCAAAUAAAUUGUGAAAUUUUAGAAAUGUAUUCAGAAUUAUUUCCAGAACAACAUGCCCAACUUCUUCUUAUAUAAACAUUGAAUUAAAUGUUCAUAUAUCAAAUUAAAUUAAAUUUUGUUCUCCUCCAAACCCAGAAGUCAAUUAACGUAUUAAUUUCCUUUCCUGGUAGGUUGCAAUGUUACUGCAAAUAACAUUUUGUUCAAUAAUAUUUUCUGCAAUUGAAAGCAGAUUUUUGGUACAGAAAUUAUUCGUAACUGCUAGAUUAUGAAAAACUUUAGAAACUAGAUUGGUGCAAAUAUUUCCACAAAUAUCAUAUCAUUAAGCUUUGACAUUUUGGGGUUGUAUGUUAGCAGCCUGCUCGUGUUUUUCCCAAAAUUUAUUGCAUUUGAAGUAAUGUUGCCGAGUUCCUUUUCUUAGACUCCUUUUUUUGGAUUUACAUAUGAAAGUGGAAUUGUUGGUAACAGAAUUAAUUAUCUGCACUAUUAUGAGUAACUUCCAACUUGAGAAAAUUUUUAGGUCUGUUUU